AUGAGAAUCAAGUUCUUUGCCACAUUUGGGCUAGUAGCAACUGCUGCCGCAUUUCCGCACGACAAUGAUAGUCGUGGCAGCCCAGCUACCCUCGAGCAAAGAGCUGCUGCUUCGACCACCACAUCCGCCUCCUCGAAGUGCACAGCAGGUGAUACUUCGACUACUGCUGGAGUUCAGGCUAUAUUGGACUCGACCGGUGCCAUUGACUGGUUGGAUAUCAUGUUCGACACAAUGCCAAAUGGUGAAAAGGAUUGGGUCAACAACAUCUGGAAGGUCAUCUUCCCCAACGAGGGUACCUCUCCUCUAACUGGCUGUGGUGAUAUUGGAGGGGACUGCAACCCCGACGACAUGUGCUCCGACUACCAGUCUGUGAUGGGAUAUUGGGUUAUGCGCUCUGUUGGCAUUCUGCAUAGCAAGAUCAACGCCGUCCAUGACCAGUUGCUUUGGACCGGGUGGCUGGAUGGCCUCUCGAUCGACCAGAUUAGCAAGGAUUUCUCUACAGUCUCACCGGACCAGGAGUGGGCAAAGUGGAUAUCUGCUGCAUUUAGUAUGGCUGGUGGAAUUGCCACUGGUAUUGAUCUGAGCAAGCCUCUUCGUGGUAUGAUCGGGUUUGCGGCUGCAGGUCUCACGGACGUGUCCCUCACAAAGGGGGGUUCGGAUGCAGUCGAUACAACAUCGGUGGAAAACACUCUGAGAAACAUCGUUGGUGCCGCAGGCAACUAUGUUGCCAGUAUCUUGACCAAUGCGACUGGUGGGGGUGAAUCGACCACUCUUCCCAUCUACACCUAUACGACCCUCGAGCAUGGCACAUCCCGAUUCUUUGCCGAUAACACUAUUCUCCUUGACGAGAACAAGGACAAUUCCUCCUUUGUCGCAGCCUACAAGGCGUUUGCUGACAACGUCGUAUGUCUACGCCAUUACCCCCGCAAUUUGGCCGUGCUAAUGAUGAGGCAGGAGAAAAAGCUCGUCGAUGCUGCCAUGAAGACAGCAUGGUAUGUCCUUGUGGGCGAGGAGAAUACGAAAGAAAAAGACUGCACCAUGACAGGUGCCUACUGGCUUGAGGCUAAGAGCGGCGAGUAUCGUUGCUUCUACCUCACACGCCCCAGUGACUCUCACGACUGUGGCAACAGCGAUCCUAAGACUGUAUGA